UCCACCAAACUUAAUUAGCAGCCUAACACAUCUAAUUAAGUUCUUAGUACGAACAAGGUAAAAAUAAGCAUCCAUCCAUGGAUUCUUUUGAUCCCUCCGCCCUUGUCGUUGUUCUCUUCUCUCUAAUCCUCACUGCUAUUGUCCACAAACGUCGUUCUUCUAAUAAAACCAAACUCCCCCCUGGUAGUUUUGGUUGGCCUGUAAUAGGCGAAGCUAUAGACUUCUUGUUUAGUAAUCCUGAAAAGUUUGUGAGUGAUAGGAUGAAGAAAUACUCUCCUGAUAUUUUCAAGACUAAAAUAAUGGGAGAAAAAACAGCAGUAAUUUGUGGCCCUAAUGGUCAUAAAUUCCUCUUCUCAAACGAAGAGAAACUCUUUACUGCAUUUCGUACUCACUCCAUGCAAAAACUUUUCCAAUCCUACCAAUCCAAUUCUUCUUCUCCUUCUCCUUCUCCUUCUCAGUCUACUCGGGUUAUGAUUCGCCAACCCGGGUUUUUAAAACCCGAAGCUCUAACCAGAUACUUGGGAGAAAUGGAUUUAAUAACACAAGAGCUUUUGAAAUCUCAUUGGGAAGGCAAAAAUGAGAUUAAAACCUAUCCUUUUGCUAAAUUUUUGACAUUAACACUUGCUUGUCGUUUCUUUCUAGGGACAAAUAAUUCAGAAAGGAUAACGAAACUCGUGAAUUAUUUUGAUGACAUUACUUUAGGGUUACAUACGAUGAUUUUGAAUUUUCCAGGGACGGCGUUUUAUCGAGCGAAUAAGGCGGCGAUUGCCGUUAGAAGGGAACUUAUAGGUGUGAUAAAAGAGAAGAAAGAAGAAAUGGCAAAUGGAGUGGAAAUGCAAGAUAUAUUGUGUCAUAUGAUAGUUGUUACGGAUAGUAAAGGGAAGUUUAUGUCUGAGAAUGAAAUUGCUGAUAAAAUUAUGGGACUAUUAGUUGCUGGAUAUAGCACUGUUGCUACUACCAUAACCUUUCUCAUGAAAUAUGUUGGACAGAGAUCUGAUAUCUAUGAAAAGAUUUUGACUGAGCAAAAGGAGAUUGCAGGGGCGAAGAAGGCAGGAGAAGUGUUGGAAUGGGAGGACAUGCAAAAAAUGAAGUACUCAUGGAAUGUGAUAUGUGAAACAAUGAGGCUAACUCCACCUCUUCAAGGUACUUUUAGACAAGUGCUAACAGACUUCACCUAUGCUGGUUACUCUAUCCCCAAGGGUUGGAAGGUUUACUGGACAGCAAGCAGCACAAACAAAAAUCCUGCAUAUUUUCAAGACCCUGAAGAGAUUGAUCCAUCAAGAUACGAGAAACGCGACGAGCCAAUUCCAUACACGUACGUGCCAUUUGGGGGUGGACCAAGAAUGUGCCCUGGCAAAGAGUAUGCUCGCCUUGCAAUUUUAACUUUUCUUCACAAUGUAGUAGUGAAAUAUAAGUGGGAAUUACUAGCACCAGAUGAGAAGGUUGUUGGUGAUAUGAUGCCUACACCAGAAAAAGGACUUCCUAUCCGUCUUCACCAACAUUAAAAAGAAGCCAUCAGCUUUUUAGAUUAUAUUCUCUUAGCCAUCAAAAUAUAUAGGUUUUCCGAUUUCAAUUAAUGAAAUUAUCAUAUUUUUCUUGGUUUUAUUUUGAUCUUGUUUUAAAGUUGUAAGUUCACUGAAGACUUGUUACUGUUAUAUUUGAGACGAUCGGAGGUGAUUGAAUGAGACAAUCAUAUUUUAUUAGA